GUCCACGGUGACACGGUUCAUCACGGAAGCUCCGAGUGCUGUAAAUGCCAGGGUUGCUUCAGGACUUCCAUCUCGACUCUUGACGAUCCAACAUCCAGAUCGCAUGAUCACCAAUAUUUAAACCAACCCAACACUCGUUCGGCUACACAUCGUAGCAUACAACAAUGACAACCAUGUUUAACGCCCUCAACCGCUUCAUAUCCCGGCUCGACGGCGAUGCGCCCACGUCCAAGGAGAACCAGCCUGGCGGAUUCGGCUUCCAAGUGCUGCGAAACACCAACCCAGACCUGGCCAUUGAGCCAUGGUUUGACUUUGUCGUUGGAAUCAAUGGGCGGAUGAUUGACGACUCUGACCCGAGGCUCUUUGCCCAAGAAGUCCGGAACUGUGCUGGCGGUGUUGUGCAGCUGGGACUUUGGAGCGCAAAGGGCCAAAGAACGCGAGCACUCCACAUCCCCGUCCCCGCCGAUACUGCCUCCCUCGGGCUUACCCUCCAAUGGACCGCCCUCUCUGUCGUCACCAACAUCUGGCACGUCCUCGACGUCCCCGCGAACUCUCCCGCCGACGUCGCCGGUCUUCUCCCAUACAGCGACUACAUCCUAGGCACCCCCGAGGGAGUCCUCCACGGCGAGAGCGGGCUCAGCGAGCUAGUGGAGGACCACAUUGGCCGCCCCCUGCGCCUUUACAUCUACAACAACGAGUACAACGUCACCCGCGAGGUGACCAUCCAGCCCAGCCGGGACUGGGGUGGUGAGGGUGCUCUCGGCUGCGUCCUAGGCUACGGCGCUUUGCACCGGGUGCCAGCGCCCCUGAGCGAGCCUGUGCACGCCCCAGGCGAGACCCUGUUCGACGGCGACUCGGAGCAAUACGGACACGUCGGACAGCAGCAACAGUAUCAACAAGAACCUCAGUACAGAUACCCGGGUGCAGCACCACCACCAGCAGGCGUUCAAUCGCACUACGCCCCUUUUGCUACUACAACCUCCCCUCCGCCCCCACCCGUCGGCGGUGGUGAGUUUCUCAUACCAGCGCAGAUGGUCGGCACACCACCACCCCCGGCAACACAGUUUGGCGGCGCGGCGGUCGCUUCUGCUCCGCCUAGGGGAAAGAAGAAGGAGAGACCGGCGAAUAGGACAGGGUUGGGCUCGAUGGAUGAUUACUUCAAGGAGCAGGAGAAGAAGAGUAGGGAAUUGGAUAAUGCUCCUAGCAGGAAGAACACACCAGUACCGCCGCCGCCAAUGGGAGGUCCUCCUAAAGGUGGACCGCCCAAGGCAGUGUCGUCGCCCCCGCCUGGUAGUGCGCAAGGGGAAGAGACGGCUGAGGGGGGCGAGAGUUAGUGGCUUAAGGUAGAAUACUGGGAGAAGUUUGACUAGGAGGUUGUGAAUGAUACCUGUGAUAUUAUGAUUACAAGCAUCCAAGGCUGGGGCGUGGUGAUUGUCUUUGACAAUGGCGGCGGACUUCCGUCCAGUACUGGGGUCUGGGAACUUGCGGGCAUUGAAGCUCUUUGAAGACUCCCGUCGCCUGGCGUCAUGACAUGUCCGAAGUUGGUGAAGUUGGAAUGGUGCCCCCCUACAGCGGUAUUGGUUGUUGACCAUUUCCAGCGAGUGGGUGAAGGA